AUGGCUAUCGGCUCAGCGACGACAGCCGAGAAGGGGAAGUCGGACCCCAUCAUCACCCGGCUGGCCAACGAGGACAAGAAACUCUGGUUCAAGAAGCCGAACUUGCGAUACCUCUACUUCAUGCUCUUCCCAACAUGUAUGGGAAUUGAGUUGACCUCUGGAUUCGACUCCCAGAUGAUCAAUGCUCUCCAGAUCGUACCGCCAUGGAAGGAAUAUUUCGGAAACCCAACAGGCUCACUCAAGGGCAUUAUCGCGGCUGCGUACUCAUUGGGAGCCAUCUUAUCCCUUCCGUUCAUCCCGAUGGUCAACGAGAAGUUUGGUAGGCGAGGAUCGAUCCUGGGGGGCUCGGCCGUUAUGGUGGUUGGCGCUCUCAUCCAGGGGUUCUCACAGCAUGUUGGGAUGUACAUUGUUGCCCGGAUGAUCCUCGGUUUCGGAAUCCCAACAUGUAUCGUGUCGGGGUCCUCUCUUAUCGGCGAACUGGCGUAUCCCAAGGAGCGACCUGUACUCACCUCCUUGUUCAAUGUCGCCUACUUCGUUGGCCAGAUCACGGCAGCAGCCAUUUGCUUUGGGACAAACAGCAUACCGAAUGACUGGUCAUGGAGGAUACCUUCGCUGCUCCAGGUCUGCCCCUCUGUCCUUCAGAUAGCAUUCGUACUCUUCCUCCCUGAGUCUCCUCGCUGGCUCAUAACCAAGGACCGAGUCGAAGAGGCGCAGGCAAUCCUGGUCAAGUACCACGCCGAAGGCGACGCGGACUCAGAGUUCGUCAAGGCGGAGAUGGCCCAGAUCCACACCACGAUCUCGCUUGAGGUCGAGGCCUCCAAGAAGUCCUGGGCCGACCUGUUCGCGACCUCGGGAAUGCGCCGCCGCCUGCUCAUCACCUGCAUGCUGGGCCUAUUCACCCAGUGGUCCGGCAACACCCUGAUCAGCUACUACCUCGGCGACCUGCUCGAAAUGAUCGGCAUGACGAACUCGACCGACGUGCAGAAGAUUAACGUAUCGAUCGCCUGCUGGAGCAUGGUCUGUGCCACGGUCGUGGCGCUGCUGGUGGUCAAGAUCCGCAGACGGGUAAUGUACCUGAUGUGUACCAUCAGCUUGCUGUUCUGCUAUAUUGCGUGGACCAUAUCCAUGCAGAAAGCCCAGACGGCAGCUGAGGCUGGGACACCGAAUGGAUCCGCGAAUAUUGCAACAUUGUUCUUCAUUUAUGCUUACAGCCCUUGCUACAACAUGGGAUACAAUGCUUUGACAUACACAUACAUGGUCGAGGUCUGGCCCUACGCGGAACGGUCCCGUGGUAUUGCUGUCUUCCAGCUCUUUGGCCGGUUGGCCGGCUUCUUUACCACGUUCGUCAACCCCAUUGGGCUGGAAGACGUGGGCUGGAGGUAUCUCAUCUCGUACUGCUGCUGGCUUGCGUUCGAGGUUGCAUUCGUCUACUUCAUGUUUCCUGAAACAUUCGGGCGCACUCUUGAGGAACUCGCUUUCAUGUUCGAGGACAAGAAACUUGCAGACGAGGCUGUUAAGGCUACGGAGAAGGCAAUUGCUCAUCACGAUGAGGACACAGCGGGGAAGAUUGCAGUGACUGAGAAACUUGACACCAAGACUUGA